AUGUGGAAAAAAGAAGUUCAACAGUUUGAUAGGCAACUUAUAAUUUUUAUCACAAUUUAUUUUUUUUUUGUUGGUACAGUUGGUAUAGGCCAACCGUUAAUUGACAUGUACCAAGGCAUAACAUUAAAUGUUUCAUAUCUUCGUAUUCUUAUUCAUUAUAUUGAAAAUAUUGAAGGCAGGACAUUGCACAUUUGCAAAUCAAAAUAUCCUUCUUUUAAAACACCGAAUAGUUCCAGGAAACUUUACAAAAACCCAUUGUUCUUAGCCGAGUAUGAAUUGUGCCUGAAACAAAAUUUUGAACAUUUCAAUGUCAUUAGAGAAGCUGUGAAAAUUUUAGAUGGUAUAAUACGAUGGCCCAUGUUUUUGGCAAUACUAACAUUCUCUCUGGUUUUAGCAUGUGCUCUUUUAACAUUGAUAAAGGGUGACACAAGAAUCGCACCACAAUUGCUAUCAAUUAUGCUUUUAUUAAUGGAAGCGAUUGCUUGUGCCAAAAUUUGUGAAGGAGGAGAACGCAUCUCACAUUUGAGUGAUGAAGUGUUUUCAUCUUUUUACAAAACAAAGUGGAUACACUGCCCUCACAGAAUCAAAACAUCGAUGCUUAUUAUACAAGAAUGUUCAAAAAAACCGUUAAGCAUUAAAGCAAGUGGAAUCACAGAAAUAAAUUGGAAUUUAUUUACAAAAAUUAUGAAUUCAGCUUACACUUAUUUCAACGUCUUAUACGCCAUGGAUAGUACUAAUUAAUACAUAGCAGAUAAUAGACAGCACUUAAACAAGAUCAUAUAACAGAUAUGUACUUUAAAUUAUUUUGUGUUUGAAUUUAUACAAAAAUUUUUACUUCUACCUAUGCCCUUC